AUCACAGUAUCUUAGAGAAAAAAGUGUUAGGGUGAGUCGCUGAGUAGCGUAGUGGGAGUCCGGAGGGCGGGGCGGGGCGGGGAUCCGGCAGGUCGCUGAGGUGGGGGUUGGUAGAGGACGCUUCCCGAGGGCGCGCGGAGCGGAGCUGGUGACAGACACGCACGCGCGUGUGCGCUCCCAACUACUGCGCGGCCCCGCGACCCUCGGGGGUCGCUGAGAGGCCCGGCGUCGGCGCCGCAGCCGUCUAGGAUUUCUGUCCAAAGGCGUCCCUGGCGUCCCCAGCCCGAAGCUCCAAGCUCGGGGCUGCGCGUGCUUUUGCCGGCAUCUCCCCCCGACCCCCCCGUCGUCAGAGACUGUCCCUUAACUCAUCUUUCCGCACCCACAGCCGGGUCCUCGCGGCCCAUGCUGGCCGCUGGGGACCCAGGCAGCCUAGGUCUGUCUCGGGCCGGCCAGCCGGCCACCAUGGUGGCCCUGAGGCCUGUGCAGCUACUCCAGGGGGGCUAAGAGACCCAGAACGCGGGCCUAGGGGUGAGGGGAUCCAAGGCCGGUACCUCGCGCCAUGGCCGGAGCCAUCGCUUCUCGCAUGAGCUUCAGCUCACUCAAGAGGAAGCAGCCCAAGACAUUCACGGUGCGGAUCGUCACCAUGGACGCCGAGAUGGAGUUCAACUGCGAGAUGAAAUGGAAGGGGAAGGACCUGUUUGAUUUGGUGUGCCGGACACUGGGGCUUCGGGAAACCUGGUUCUUUGGACUGCAGUAUACAAUCAAGGACACGGUGGCCUGGCUCAAAAUGGACAAGAAGGUGUUGGAUCAUGAUGUUUCGAAGGAAGAACCAGUUACCUUUCACUUCCUGGCCAAAUUUUAUCCUGAAAAUGCUGAGGAGGAGCUAGUUCAAGAGAUCACGCAACACUUAUUUUUCUUACAGGUGAAGAAGCAGAUUUUGGAUGAAAAGGUCUACUGCCCUCCCGAGGCGUCCGUGCUCUUGGCGUCAUAUGCUGUCCAGGCCAAGUAUGGCGACUAUGACCCCUCUGUGCACAAGCGGGGAUUUUUAGCCCAAGAGGAAUUGCUCCCGAAAAGGGUGAUAAAUCUCUAUCAGAUGACUCCGGAAAUGUGGGAGGAGAGAAUUACGGCUUGGUAUGCGGAGCACCGGGGCAGAGCCAGGGAUGAAGCUGAAAUGGAGUAUUUGAAGAUAGCUCAGGACCUGGAGAUGUAUGGUGUGAACUACUUUACAAUCCGGAAUAAAAAGGGCACAGAGUUGCUGCUUGGAGUGGAUGCUCUUGGGCUUCAUAUCUAUGACCCUGAGAACAGGCUGACCCCCAAGAUCUCCUUCCCAUGGAAUGAAAUCCGAAACAUCUCCUACAGCGACAAGGAGUUUACUAUUAAACCACUGGAUAAGAAAAUUGAUGUCUUCAAAUUUAACUCCUCAAAGCUUCGUGUUAAUAAGCUGAUUCUUCAGCUAUGUAUUGGGAACCAUGACCUAUUUAUGAGGCGACGGAAAGCUGACUCUUUAGAAGUUCAGCAGAUGAAAGCCCAGGCCAGGGAAGAGAAGGCUAGAAAGCAGAUGGAAAGGCAGCGGCUGGCUCGAGAGAAGCAGAUGCGGGAGGAGGCCGAGCGUACAAGAGAUGAGUUAGAGAGGAGGCUCCUGCAGAUGAAAGAAGAAGCAACGAUGGCCAAUGAAGCUCUGAUGCGCUCUGAGGAGACAGCUGAUCUGUUGGCUGAAAAGGCUCAGAUCACAGAGGAGGAGGCCAAGCUUUUGGCACAAAAGGCUGCAGAGGCUGAGCAAGAGAUGCAGCGAAUCAAGGCCACGGCCAUUCGGACAGAGGAGGAGAAGCGCCUGAUGGAGCAGAAGGUGCUGGAGGCUGAAGUGCUGGCAUUGAAGAUGGCUGAGGAGUCAGAGAGGAGGGCCAAGGAGGCUGAUCAGUUAAAGCAAGACUUGCAAGAAGCCAGAGAAGCAGAGCGAAGAGCCAAGCAGAAGCUCUUAGAAAUCGCCACCAAGCCCACCUAUCCACCCAUGAACCCAAUUCCACCACCACUGCCUCCUGACAUACCGAGCUUCGACAUUAUUGCUGACAGCUUGUCAUUUGACUUCAAGGAUACGGACAUGAAGCGACUUUCCAUGGAGAUAGAGAAAGAAAAAGUGGAGUACAUGGAGAAGAGCAAGCACCUGCAGGAGCAGCUCAACGAGCUCAAGACGGAGAUCGAGGCCUUGAAACUCAAAGAGCGGGAGACGGCCUUGGACGUCCUACACAGCGAGAGCUCAGACAGAGGCGGCCCCAGCAGCAAGCAUAAUACCAUUAAAAAGCCUCAAGCCCAAGGCAGAAGACCUAUCUGCAUUUGAGUCCUCAAACUCACUCUGCAGAGCGCCAAGUCCCGAGUGGCCUUCUUUGAAGAACUCUAGCAGGUGACCCGGCCACCUCCUGCCACAUCUGCUGCUCCUGACACCAACAGGAUGGGCCUGACCCAAAAGGAACCAUCAGUAGAGGGCUGGCUUGUUUGGGAACUCUUGAGUUGAGGGCCCCGUGCCACUCUGACCCUAUAGAGAGGUUUCUCAAUGUGUUCUAGUUCUCCUUGCCUCCUGCAUACCUGCAUAUCUCUCUCUCCCUCCCUCUCUCUCUCUCUCCUUCUCUCUCUCUCUCUCUCUCUCUCUCUCUCUCUCUCUCUCUCUCUUAUAUAAAUACUUGUUGUGUGUGGGCUGCCAUCCUUCCUGCACCCAAGCACUGUGGUGCACGGGUUGCUGUGCUUGCUGACAUUGAGAAUCGGCUGUGGGAGUCCAGUGUGAAAGCUGGCUGAAAUCUACCAUGCAGGUGCUACCCACUCCCCAACUGGGCUUCUGGGAUGGGCCUCCCCUCCAAGCAUGGGGUAGAAGUGUGGACUGGCUUAGCUCAGAACCAGCAAUGGGGGUUGGGGAUUUAGCUCAGUGAGAGCGCUUACUCGGGCCCUGGGUUCGGUCCUCAGCUCUGGGGGGGGAAAAAAAAAGAACCAGCAACGAUGGCUCCUUAGCCAGGCUCACCUGAGGCAGUGUAGCUGUCUGAAUGGCAGGUAACAGGCAAGACAGCUGUGGCUAGGAAGAGGCUUAAGAUAGAGGCUGUUGGGAGACACUGCACAUGAGCCUUUGGUGGGCCAGGAGCUUCCCAGUCACAUUCCCAUCAGUGCCUGGGAACCCAGCUGUGACCAGGACCUCUGUCUCCUCCCCCUCAGCACAUGGAACCCCAGAGCCCUGCUACCCGUCCAUCAUCCUCUUCAACACCUAGGCCUCACUGUCAUUGUCCUUUUCUUCCCCAGGAGCCCAGCAGUGUCCUUUUAGUCCUUCCUUUCCUGAGCCUGACAGAGAUAUCAGGCUACUAACAGUCACACAAGCUAACACUAUGGGUUGCCUCCAUGCUAGGCAACAAAUGCUUACCAUGUGCCUCACACACUCCAUGAUUGGGCCUAUCUUCUAUGUAACUGGGGUCACUAGUGUAGCCGACCAGAACCCUUUAAGUCCUACAGAGCAGGUGAUCUGCCUCAGUCCACAAGCAGAUGUAUAUUAACUGAGGACAGCUGAGCUGAGGGGCUGAGCAAGGCGAUGUUCCACAGUACGGUUUGUUUUUGAGAAACUGAGGCACACCACCUUGUUCCCGGGCUGUUAUUGGGCCACUUUGUCAUAGGCAGCCACCCAAUGGUCACCUCAGCAUCUUUGGGCACCUGUGAUAGCACUCUAGUCUGAAACCUAAGGCUGAGGAGAAGGUCUCUGGACUUGACACCCCAGUAUUUGCCGAGUCUUCCCUGGCUGCUCUGAAGUUGAGCUGUGUUCUCUGGCCUGAAACUGCUCUCUGACUUUCUUCCUCUCUGUACACUUGAUUUAACAAUGGCUGUGGGACACGAGACAAUGAUGCUGGUUUAUAAAAAUUAUGCCAGGCCUUCCUUGGCUUUUUCAUUUAACUACGCUUUAUAUCUCAAAUUUGGGAAAUACCAAGCUACAUAACCACGUGGGCGCCCUGGUAUUUGAGGAAUGGUGGGUGUAACCAUUUCGCCAUUUCUUGGAAGGUGAGGUCCAAACCCCACUCAGAAGUACCUCAGCUCCGAGAGAGAGAGAGAGAGAGAGAGGGGGCGGGGGGGAGAGAGAGAGAGAGCUCGAAUGGGUCCCCAGAAUGUCUCCAGCCUGCUUUGAGCCUGUAGCUGGGUUCUUACUGGUAGAAAAUUUUAGUCAAAGAGAAACAUCUGAAGUCCAAAGUGAGGCCCAACCCUGGCUCUUCCUAGUUUCAAUGGUUUCUGAAGCAUAGGCAGGGGUACCCUGCUACUGAAACAGCAAGUCACUCUCAGUGCAGGACACUGAGGCCUUGCUCUUGCCUGUGGCUGGUCACAAACCCUGAUUGAGGCAGUACCUGAGCCGCCACAGCACUCUGACCUGAGGUCACUGCCAACCCCUGCUAGACAACACCAGUGGGCUUCACUUACUGCUAUAUCCUCUUUUAGACAGGUUUCUCAUGCUCCCAUACUUUCAAAAAGCCCAGAGGCUGACUCCCAGCAACAGUGACUAACCGUUCCUGCCAACAGGGCCAGAGCCUCAAAGUCCCUGGUACAAGCAGCCUUCACAGAGGACCCAGACUCUCCUAGGUGCCUUGAGGCCACGCCAGUGCCCAUGGGCUUCCAUUCCUCUGUUACUCUUUUCAAACAGCUCUUCAUGUGAGGCUCCUGUCACUCCUAUCGGGGCCAGGACAUGAAGCUGGUUUCUGGGGGUUGGGGUGAUUAUAAUUUAAGUGAUUGUUUUAAUAAAAACUCUAAGCUGCUAUAGUC